UACGGUACGUCAUCCAAGUGUUUUUAUUUUAUUUCAAGAGAAAUAAUGCCACCAAAAGCUAGCGGAAAGGCAGCGAAAAAAGCCGGAAAGGCUCAAAAGAAUAUUUCGAAAGCCGAUAAAAAGAAAAAAAGGAGGAGGAAGGAAAGUUAUGCUAUUUACAUUUACAAAGUACUUAAGCAAGAUCAUCCUGACACCGGUAUAUCGAGUAAAGCUAUGAGUAUAAUGAAUAGUUUUGUUAAUGAUAUAUUCGAACGUAUCGCCGCCGAAGCAUCCAGAUUGGCUCAUUAUAAUAAACGUUCAACAAUUACAAGUAGAGAAAUUCAAACUGUAGUGAGACUAUUGCUUCCCGGAGAAUUGGCAAAACACGCAGUCAGUGAAGGAACUAAAGCAGUUACCAAAUAUACUAGUUCUAAAUAA